UUUAAGGCUAAAUAAGUACAAUGUAAUUAAAAUAGAUACUAUUAUAAAUUGUUAAUGAUAAUAAUAAUAAUAAAUUUACUUAUGCAUGUAAUGUGUGAAUAGUACAAAACAUAAUUUAACUUAUUCCGUAUUCUUAUUAUUACAAUUUAAAGUUUAUUGAAUGAAUGUGAAUAUGGGUAUUCCGAUUGAUCGAUUUGUAAAUCCAGUUGAUGAAAAUCUAAUUUGUGGUAUUUGUCAUGGUGUAUUUAUUAUACCUGUAGUAACAGAAUGUGGUCAUACAUUUUGUGCUAACUGUUUAAAAAUAUGGUUAAAUUCAAAAUUAGAACAUUUAAAUCAUUUAACAAUAAGUGAUAAUGAUAGAACACGUUUCCAAUUUACAUGUCCAACUUGUCGAACAAAAUUAAAUAUUAAUAAUCAUCAACAAAAUAAUUCUAUAAAUUCAGUGAUAAAUACAACGAACAAUAUAAAUAAUCAUAUUAAUAAUUAUUGUCUUCAUGAUAAACCAAAUAUUAAUUUAUUAUCAGUAGCUAGACCAGUACUUGCAUUAAAGAAUUUUUUAAAUUCUUUACAAAUCUAUUGCGAAUAUGCUAAACGUGGAUGCACUACUAUUGGUAGUGUAGAAUCAAUACAUUUUGGUAAUCACCGACAUGUAUGCGCUUAUGUACCAGUUGACUGUGCUGGUUGUGGUAGAACAUUAAAUAGAAUUGAAUUAGCUGCUCAUCAAUUAGGAUGUUUUGGUAUACAGGCUGAACUAGGUGAAAUACACCAGGAAAACAUUAAACUAUCUCAAGAAGUACAAUCAACCGUUGAUGUUGGUAUCCAAACUUUAACAUGUUCUUUAAAAGAAGAAUUAAUUCAUCAAAGAAAUUGUACACAUUUAACACAAUCAAAAGAGAUGACAAUAAAUUUAUGCAGUUCCAGUGUUCAAACAUAUGAUGAAAAUUUAAAAAGUACACGUGAUUUUCAAGUUCAAACAGACUUCAAUCAUAAUUUAUCUUCGAUAAAAAUUGAUCAGCAUUACAAUAACAGAAGUUUGCAACUUUUAAAUGUUAGUUUAAUUAAACUUGUUCAUGCAUUACGUGUGGAAUUAGACUCAGCUCAAAAUGAAUUAUAUAUGAGAAAUGGGAAAUAAGCUUAAUAUUCUUAAAUAAUGAAGAUUAUCAAAUAUUUAUUGACUUAUUUAAUUAAAUAAAUUAAUUUAUGAACUAUGUAAAACAUGUUUUUAUACUAUCAGCAGAAUAAUAAUAGUAUAUCAGUUCGAGUUUGAUUACUGAUAUUGUUCAAGAAUCCCUAUCAUUAGAAUACAGGAAGUGAUUUUCAUUCCACUUGAUACUUAUCGAUUCUAGAUAAUUCCAUUACUUUGUAGUGUCGGGUGCUAUGUUGAGCCCAUAUACCUUAUUCUAGCUUCUGAACAGGCCAAUUUAUUCAUUUUUCUCGAAUCACGUUUUGACUUUGUUAAUUAUUCACUCAUUAACCUUGACUGUUUUUAUAUAAGCAUAUGUAUGCACAAUUCUUAUCCUAUUCAUCACAUGUCUGUAGCUUAUUUUUAUCUGGCUAUAAAUAUCGAUUAACGCUUGAUGGAAUGGAGUUGUCUCACCUGCCAUUUCUACCGCGCGUCAUUUCUCUUCGAUCUCUUCUGUUCAUUUCAUCCCUCCCUGAUUACCUGUCCAGAUCAGUGAGUGUACAAAAUAUAUGUACUCAGAAAUCCA